GCAAGCCAGUGCCAAAUCCUCGCACUGUAACCCAUUUAUUGCUUAGUAGCUCUUUUGUUGUGUUAACAACUUUUAAUGGUCUUUUGAUGCAAUUUGGGCAAUUUCUAAGUCACGAUAUAACAAGAAAUACAGUCACAAAUUUUUGUCGGUGUGAAACAGUACAUGAAGAAUGUGCAAAUAUGCCUGUUCCUUUACAUGAUACACGCUUUAAAAAACAGCAACCAAAUUUUUGCAUUCCAAUGACUCGCUCUUCAGUUUUGUGUGGUACAGGUUCAGGCAGACAAGGACCUGGAAGAAUUCCUAGAACACCUAUAAAUGAAAAUGGAGCGUCUAUGGAAGCAAUCCAAAUCAAGCCCAGGAAAUGCGUGUUGGUGCUCUACUUCGAACUUUACCACUUCCAAAUCCCCCGUUCUCUGCGAAUUGCUACAACACUUAUACAAUUAAAUCCUCAUUGGAAUCAAGAUAGAGUAUAUCAAGAAACACGUAAAAUUGUUGGUGCUAUUCUACAAGCAAUUUGUUAUCAAGAAUUUUUGCCCUCGUUGUUAGGCGAUCGUUUAAAAAAACUUAUCCCUCCAUAUUCUGGCUAUAAUGACAAAGAAGAGCCAGCAAUAGCUGAAUUUUAUCAAUUGGCAGAUUCCAAUUUUCGUAAAAUUGGGGAUGUUCGUUUUGUAAGUAAUGCUGGAAGUGUUGAUUUAAUUGUGAGAACUGGGACUGAUCAAUUAAUUAGGGGUAUGAUGGCUGUUCCGACAAAAAAGCCACAACGUUUGGCGCCCGCAGUUACUGAGGAAUUAUUUGAUGUGUCAGACAUGGGCUCUAUAAAUAUUCAAAGAGGUCGAGACCAAGGCGUUCGGCCUUACAAUGAUUACAGAGACAUUUGUGGCCUUAAACGUCUGACUUCCUUUCAGGACUGGCCAGAAGUUUUGGAACCCGAAGUUAAGAAUAGAGUAGCUGCUUUGUAUGCAAGUGUAGAUGACGUUGACCUUUAUGUUGGUGGAUUACUAGAAGCACCCGCAGGCAGUUCUUUGGUGGGACCAACCUUUACGUGUAUAAUUGCUGAUCAAUUUAGACGUAUACGUGAUGCGGACAGAUUUUUCUUUCAAAACCCUGGCGUAUUUACCCAAGCACAAGUAAAGUCUAUUCAACAAACAACACUUUCAUUUUGCAUUUGUGCAACUGGAGAAGAUUUUAAAAGGAUUAAUCCAAAUGCUUUUCUUGUUGAAAAUGGGUCAACAACUGUGCCUUGCUCUUCAAUUCCACAGUUGGAUUUGACUCCGUGGAGAGAAAUACCACAAGGAUAA